AUGUGGGCAGUUCACAGUCCAUCUUCCUCGCGCUCAAGCGCGAAAAAUGUCGACCUGCGCGCUGCAGUCGAUGAACAGCUCUUCGAACCAAAGGCCUUUCCACGGGACUCUGAAAUGUGGAUGACCAAUUUUCAUCGCUCGCGAUCACCUUCUGUUCACUCUUCCGUUCCGUCACUCUCCGGGCAAUCUUCUUCAACUGCCGCUGGUUUGGCAGAUGAGGACCCUAAUCACCAACACACACGUUCAUCCAUAUGGCCCAUGCCCCCGUCAACAACAUCUACAGACUUGGAAACACUGCAGUUGCAAGACGCGGGUCUAUAUAUCCGAAAUAUCGACGCGCCGCACAUGGAGUCUGUCUUUUAUGGGGUUGGGACAAAAGCAGGUCUGGUUCAUGCCGAAAGUGAAAGCAUUCCGAUCUUGGUAGAGCACGAGCCCAAGACCCCAAAAGUGUCUCAGAAUGCUGCCAACCUUGAGCCAUUCUCAGACUCUUCUAAUUCUCCAGAGCCGUCAGAAGAAGAGCACGGAUUGUCGAGACCAAUAUCUGUGAUGACGACAGCUAUAGACGAUGAUGAAGUACCUGCUGCACAGCCAGUAACCCAGAUACCAGGGCCUUUAGAAACACAAUUACUCGACCUAUUAUCCAAAGUCGCGGCUUUAGAAUCUAGCCAACCCACUGUCAUGGCCUCAGACUAUGUAGACCUUCAAACCCGUCUGUCCGAGGUAGAGGCAAGAAAUGCCUCACUCCAAUCCAGGCACGAAGCACUCUACGCACUGCGAGAUGAAGAUCUUGCCAGCACAAUAAAAACGAGGGUUUUACUUGCCGACGAACGCCGAGAACAUGAAGCGAUCCGCAGACUCCGCGAUGAUGAUCUGAAAAAUGUCUUCGAACUGCGCGAGAAACUGGCACGAGCAACUUGGGCGCAACAAUCAUCGUCGUCAAAUCAAACGCUGGAAAAACAACGGACAUCGCCCAUGACAAGUAAGCGACAGUCGCUUCCUCAACCGAAUAGCGCCGAUUUAUGGCAAGCAGCCAAGACAGCAGCGAUGGAACAGCGUGUUCUGGAACUGGAAUCUGCGAAUUCUGAUCUCCGGGCCCAGCUCGAUUGUGCACAUUCCGCUUUGCUGCAGGCCGGCAAUAGUGGUACUGUCAAGACCGAAAACAAUACCGACUUUUCGGAGAUGCAUCAGCGAACAACAGAUGGUACCACUAAAGAGACAAGCGGUGUUGUAGACGCAUUGUUUGAAUCGGCACUGCGUCAUCGUGAGCGGUAUAUUGCAGAGAUAGAAAAAUUGAAAGCAGACAAUGAAAAGUUGCGAGGAAAUUUGGAAAGAAAAGAGAUAAUAUGGCGGGUCUGGAAAGUGUGA